CUUUGGCAAGAGUUUGUAUUGCAUUUCAUAGUUAUUGUUUUACUAAAAAUAUAUAUAAAUUUUUAAUUAUAUUACUGAAAUUAUUCGAAAGCAGUGGUAAUGUCAUUGUUAACAAAGGAUAAUGCUAAGGAGCACUGUCGUACUUGUUUAAAAAGACUUAGCAAUAUUGCAGAAUUUUCAUCCGAAGCAGAUGAUACACCAGAUAAUAAGGAAUUGCAAUUUAACAUUAGCAGCGACGUAGAAUUGAGGCAGCUUAUAUCUAUUUAUGAGGAUGAUCCUUGUAAUAAUAAUUUUCCAGAAAAUGUAUGCCUUGCCUGCUACAACAAGCUCCACAGUUUCGUUUUGUUCCGUAAAAAGGCACUGCAAAAUGCGGAAAAAUUACGCACAGUACUUAAUUGUAGCAGUGGCAUGAUAAAAGUUGAAAUAACUUAUGAUGAAGACGAGAGUGAGCCUUGCAAUGAACCGGUGUUACCUCCAGCUCGGGAUAACAAGCAACAAUUUAAGGAUGCCCUCAUGGAAAACGAGGAAGUAUUUUUCGAAACAUCGGCUGAAAACAUGGCAGAUGAAGAACUAAAUGAUGAUGAAGGUGAUCCAUUUGCUCCAUCAGCACCAGUAAUACCAGAGUGCACUGUCGAUCAAAGCGUGGAAAAAGUAAAAAAUUCGACGAUACAUGCAACGAAAUUAGUUAAAAAGCAUAAAUAUAAAUGUUCGCAGUGUAACCAAAGUUAUGCAUUUAAUUCAGAGUUAGAAGCCCAUGUACGACAAGUGCACGAUGCUAACAAAAUGCCAUUUUCUUGUAGUCAUUGUGACAAAGCUUAUCGAUAUAUUCGUAGCUUGCAGGAGCAUAUGAAGCAAAAGCAUCAAGCAGUACUAAACGCACAUGCACACUUUAAGUGUAGUGUUUGUCCCAAGGCGUUUAUCUCCGAGUUAUCCUUAAAAAAACAUAUGUGUUUUCAUAUUAAAGAAGAUAUGGCUCGGGUGUGUGGUAUUUGUAGUAAGCGAUUCCCCGUAAAAAAUUUGUUAGUAGAACAUUUACGCACUCAUUCCAACGAUGGAAGGAUCCCUUGCGGUCAGUGUGAUAAAAGUUUUCUGUGGUAUCAAGAUCUUUUGAAUCACGAACGAUCGUCGCAUCUCAAAGAAAAACCAUUUCCUUGCAAACUUUGCGAUAAAUCAUUCCAAACACAGAAGUCCCUACGCUUCCACAGUUACCGUCACUCUGGCGAAAAACCAUAUCUUUGUGACGUUUGUGGGAAGGACUUCAGACAGCCAACAGCCAUGAAACAACACCGGCUUAAACAUUUUAAAAUUGAUAAAGAUACAUAAAUAUCAUUCUGAAUUACAGUUGGUUGAGUUUAUUUGAUGUUUUAUCUGAAAGUAUUUGGCGACCGCCGUAGCCGAGUAUAUUUCUAUACAAAUUGUAGGAGGAGCUCGGUCGAAAAUCACUUCAGCCGUUACAAAGCGCCAAUUAUAUUUAU